AUGCAGGGGGUAGAUGAUCGUAUAGCUAAAAGGAUAGGUGAGGUGCUUGAGCAGUACCAGUUUGCAUUAACUAUUGCUGAGCAUGAGAGGGAUUGCUAUGCACGAGCAGCUAUUACAGAAUUAGAGAGGCGACAGUGCAGUAAACCUGUAGCAAAUGCUGUAUUCAAAAAAGAGCAUGGCAAUAUAAUGGCAAUUGAGGCUAAGAAAAUAGCAGAGAAGGCUGCUAAAGUACAAAAAAAGGAGGAACAGGAGAUUUUACGUGCUCAAUAUAAGGCUAUAGUUGCUGAUCAGAGGUUACAGAAGGCUAUCCAGAAGGAUAUAGCUAAGGAUGCAUCUUCAAAGCCUGUUGCACCUUCAAAAAUUAAGUAG